UCUGGAGCACUGUACGAUCUGCUCAUCAAUAGAAAUGAAUCUCCUAUUUACAUUGCGGUGAAGAGAAAUAAACCGAAUUGCUUACUUGAAUUUCUUGAAUUUUCCUCAAGUAUUGAUCUUUCAAAUCCUCUCAUAUCAGCGUCGUCUUCUGGACAUAGUGAGUGCGGUGAACAAUUGAUCAAAGGCAAUGCAGAUUUAGAGGCACAUGAUGAUGAUGGAAACACGGGUCUUAUUCUAGCAGCUCAAGAAGGACAUUUUCAAUGCUUAAAAAUGCUUUUAGAAUCUGGGGCCUCAGUGGACAUUGCAAAUAAAAGUAGAGUUACCGCUUUG